AUGAGGGGUAUUGCAAGAAUAAUUGUUCAUUUUCUUGUUCUUUUUCAAAUUUUGUGCUGUGUUUAUUUUGCAACUAAUAUGAUACGUCGCAAACCUGGUUUCCGAAUUUCAGAUUCCAGUGGUACAUCUACCAAAAGAAAUGAAACACUUGGAGAGUAUAUUCGAUAUGAAAGUAAAAAAUAUGGAUCCGACUUUUGUGUGGCAUACAAUGUUACAAAAGCCACUGGGAAUUUCAGAGAUGACGGACUGGAACCAAUUUCUCUCGUUCUACAUGCCACGUCUCAUUUUAUGAGAGAGAUUGAAGGACAGUGUUCAUCUCGUAAUUGGAACGGACCUAUAUCAAUCUCACUAUUUGUGGAUCGAACGUCUAGCGAAGCUGUCGAUUAUUUGCACGAAGUUCAUAGAUGUUCUGCGAAAGUUAAUCAAAAGUUGAGUGUACAUGUUGUGUAUCGAAUGUCGCCGUUUCAAAAGUUCUGCGAUCCUAUUCUGAUAAAAAGGUCUAACAGAAAAUGUACCAGCUUCAACUCAACCAUUCGAUCACGAGAACGUAGCCGAGUGAUUCCACCAUUUCAAAUAUAUCCUAUCAAUGUUAUGCGUAAUGUUGCUAGAAAAGGAGCGUUAUCAUACAUUCACAUGACUGCUGAUGUAGAAAUGAUGUUCAGUGAUGGAUUUGCUUUAAAGAUGAAACCUCUGGCUAAUAAAUAUAUCAAUGGGAAAGAUAAAAAAUUAUUGGUGAUUCGACGAUUCGAAGUAGACAACAAAGCUCAUGUUCCCGCCGACAACAAAGAGCUGUUCUUAAUGAUAAAAGCGUUUAGAGCAUUCGAGUUCCAUCACAAAUAUUUUCCGGCAGGGCAUACGAUUGAAUCAUUAUGGCAAUGGUUUCGGAUGAGCAAAAAUCAAACGGAAGCGUAUGCAUGGAAAAUUGAUUACAAAAGUAGCUCAUGGGAAGCUCAAUUGAUUCUUCACCGAAAAGAUCCCUACAAUCCAGAAUACAUUCCAACGAGAAUUCGAGAUCAGCAGAGUUUGGUUUACGAGUUAUGUCGUGCCAAUUACACGUUUCACCUGGCAUCUCAUGUAUUUAAUGUUCAUAGAGGUGUCAAAACAAAGGAAACUAAUUUGUCAUCUGCAGUGCUCACACAUCAAAAGCGUUUGAGAACACGAUCAUACAAGCGAUUUAUGCAUUAUAUCAACACAACAUAUCCAGAUACUUUUGAUCAAUGUGGAAAAUUUGUCAUGUAGUAAAGAUCUCAAAGUUUCCUAUUUGGAAUUUUUCGUUUUUUUUUUUGCUAUUUCAAUCAAGUCGGGUAUAAAUAAGUGAUUUUU